AAGACUCCGGAGGAGCAGCCGCUGUGCUGUACAUGGUGAAAGUCCUCUCCCUCGAAAGCCACAGAGGGCGGAAUAAGGAGCUCCGCUUGCGGAACAAAUACGCAGGCAAGGCAAAGGAAGUCAGAGAGCGGACCAAGCUCGAAAAGAGAACUAUUCACCACACCCACCGCACACUUUUGGCUGGGAAACCUGCAAAUCCUGUCUGAGCCUGCCAGAAGUAGCAGGCUGAGUGAGCGCAGACCUGUGCAGUGCAAUGGCUCGCUUAACGCUGCACAGAAUCCCAUCCAUCGCCACUGCUCCAGAUGAAAGCUUCCAAAGAAGAGGGAUCCUUCAGAAAAGGGAGAGCUUUGCCCUGGUCAAGGGGGCGGUUCUCCUGCUGGAGGAAGGCGAGAACGUGGACCUUCAGGAGGAGACUUCUCCCUCAGCCGUCUCUCCGGUGAAGCAUGCGUCAGACAUACGACACCGACACGUCCAUGCCAUGGUGGAGCAACUGCGACCAGAGGACACUAUAAAGCUGGCGGUGCAGCUGGAGUCGGUCAGCUCGGUUCGAGUCAGGUAUCUGAUCGUCGUCUCCACGCUGAGCAACAAGCAGGAGAGCAUCCUGCUGGGCAUGGAUUUCCCCAGCUCAGACAGUGAUCAGUGCACCAUCGGCCUGGUCCUGCCCAUAUGGAGCGACACCCAAGUAUAUCUGGAUGGAGACGGCGGUUUCAGCGUCACUUCAGCGGAGGAGACCAGAAUUUUUAAACCUGUGUCUAUGCAGACCCUGUGGUCGGUGCUGCAGGCGCUGCAUGGCUGCUGCGAGCGUGCGGUUAAGGGAGCCGUGAUCCCGGGCUCGGGUCUGGAGUGGGUUCAGCACUACCACCAGCACAUCGAGUCGGACCGCUUCUGCCUGAACGAGUGGGAGGUCAUGAACGACCUGGAGUCUGUGCGCAAAGACAGUGAUGGACAGAGCUCAUCAGAUCGAGUUUCCAAUGAGCAACUCAUCAAAGAGCACCUGAGAGACAUCAUGAGAACCGAAGACCUGGACAACCUCACGUGUAAAAUGGUGCAGAGUGCACUGAAGACCAGGAUCGGGUUUGACAUGAGGCCCUACAAAGAGUACAUCGACAAUGAAAUGAUGGUCACCAUGGCUCAGAUGGACAAGCCCUCCAAGAUAUUUGAUUAUCUUUACCUGGGCUCUGAGUGGAAUGCAGCAAACUUCGAAGAGCUGCAGAAAAACAACAUCGGCUACAUUCUGAAUGUGACCAGAGAGAUUGACAACUUCUUCCCAGAGUCCUUCACCUACAUGAACAUCCGGGUGUACGACGUGGAAGCCACAGACCUGCUGUCACACUGGCCGGACACGUACAACUUCAUCAACACUGCGAGGAAGAGCGGGCAGGGUGUGCUGGUGCACUGUAAGAUGGGCGUGUCGCGCUCUGCGUCCACCGUGAUCGCCUACGCCAUGAAGCAGCAGCGCUGGACGCUGGACGUGGCUCUGGCCUUCGUCAGGGAUCGCCGGGCCAUCAUCAAGCCCAACGAGGGCUUCAUGAAGCAGCUGCAGACCUACAACGGCAUCCUCACCGCCAGCCAGCAGCGCCACAGCACACUCUGGAGGCGGAAAUCAAGAGACCAAAGACAGAAGUCUGUGCACCAGCCGGACGGAGGGAAAGAAGCAAAACCAGGAGAUGGAGAAGAAGACGAUGAUGAUGAUGAAGAUGAAGAGGAGGAUGAUGGGGAGGAGUAUGAUGAUGAUGAUGAGGAUGAGGGGCUUGAUGUGGAGGGGGAAGGUGAAGAGUGCCCCGAUGAAAAAAGUGAUUCAGAUGAAGACCAUGAGGUGUUUGAACAUCCAGAUCCCGACAACAGCAUGGAGACCGAGAUGACCGGAGCAGCAUCUGGUCCUGUCAUCACUAUAAAUGAACCCGAUAAGGUUACUCCCAGUGUUAAUCGCAGCGGCAGGAUGAAUCUCUUCUCUCUGAUGCAGUCCAUCAGUGAGCUGGAUGAUGACGAUAAAGGGUGUGAACAGCUGCCUGGCAGUCCGCGGCGAUCUCCCGGUCCGCGGAGGCGCAGUCACGCUCGACGGAGUCUCACUCACCAGGGCGGAUGUGUGGACGUUUCACCUGAGCCCCGGAGCCUGCAGGACGGCGACCAGAACAAACCCUGAACGAUCAAAGAGUUGGAGAAGGGAGGAAGGCGUGGGGACUUCUGGGAAUUUGGAGAAUGGGGGUUUGGGGGACGACGUCAAAAAAUACACCAAUAAAAAUAGAAGGUUAAAAAAAAAAAAAAAAAAAGCAUUGAAGCGUGCUUGGAGAACAUGCCAAGGUUUUUAUACUUAAGUUUUAAUUUAUAUUUUUCAGGUCUUUCAUUACAUGUCGGCUCAAAAAUCAUAUCCGAUCAGUACCGUGAUGCAGUAUUGCUGUUCCAGUGAAAACCUGAAUAUCUGAUAGCUGAAGUCUUUGUCCUUUUUUUUUUAAUUUAUCUAUCUUUGACUUGUACAUCUGUCCAGCAUUCCCUCUUCUCCUCUGUCAACACUCCAGAGAUAUCUAUGCAAUAAGCGCUCUCUUUCGCCACCUCCCGUGAAUUAAAGGCUGCGUGCUGCUGUCAAACCGCGGUUUGGCAUU